AUGAUUGAUGAUAAAUCUAAGGUUUGGCUAAUUGAAACAAACACAAAUCCUUGUCUGGAAUGUUUAGGCCCUCUCUUACCUAAAUUAAUCCCUUAAUUAAUAGAAGAUCUUUUUAAACUUAUAUUAGACCCACUUUAUCCUCCUCCUUAAUUUUUUACUCUAAAAAGUUUAUAUAUGAUUAAUUUGAAAAUAAAUUUGAAUUAAUAUUUGAUUAGACAAUGCUGGAUGUACCACAAAUAUUCACUUUAAACUUAAUAGAUGAGCAAUGAUUUAUUUAUAAUAUUUAACUAAUCUAUCAAAAUUAUUAAGAAAAAAUCUAAGUAUAACAAUUUUAUAGAGAAUUGUAUCAAAAGACAAAUAAAUAAUUUAAUGCCUAAUCAAAAAAUUAUUUUACUUUAUAUUGAAUUUAUUGUUUAUCAUAAUAUGCAAUUUGAAACACCUUCUUAACUCAAAUAUGUUAUAAAAAGUAGAUUAAUAAUACCUUUAGAUCUGAUUAAUUAAAUGCAUUUUUUGAUCUUAUCACAAUAUUUCAGAGUUGUAUUGGUUACUUAAUUAAAAGAAGCCAAAAGAGAAUGCUUGAUUUUUUAUUAUUUAGAACCAUUUAUUGUUUAUAAUAAAUCAUCAUUUUAAAAUAAGAAUAAUAUGGUAUCAAUAAAAGCUAUGUCCUAUUUGCAAUAUGUAAUUCUAAAUGAAGAAAGCUUUACAAAAAGGAAGAUGUAUCAGGAUUGA